CUGACGCCAUGGGCAAGGCGAGGCCGGCCGCGGCGCCCCGCAAGGCGCAGCCCACCCGCAACCCGUUCGAAGUGAAAGUCAACCGGCAGAAGUUCCCGGUGCUGGGCCGCAGCGCGCGCCACGACGUGGGGCAGCCCGGGCUGGCGCGCGCCAGGGCCAUCCACAAGCGCACCCAGACACUGAUGAAGGAAUACAAAGAAAGGGACAAGGCAAACGUCUUUGCAGAUAAGCGCUUGGGAGAGUACGACAGUGGUAUCAGCCCCGAGGACAGGAUGCUGAAGAGGUUCUCGCUGGAGCAGCAGCGACAACAUGAGAAGAGAAGCAUCUACAACCUGAAUGAGGAGGAGGAGCUGACUCACUAUGGCCAGUCUCUGGCAGACAUUGAAAUGUACAAUGACAUUGUGGACAGCGACAGUGAUACUGAGGGACAGGGAGCACUGUCUGCUGAGCUGACCGCUGCACACUUUGGAGGUGGUGGGUCCCUCCAGAAAAGUUCACAAUGGUCAACCAGGGAAGCUGAGUCCCAGAAGUCACGCAGGGAGCUGAUUGAGGAACUCAUUGCCCGGUCCAAGCAGGAGAAGAGAGAGCGCCAAGCCCAGAGAGAAGAUGCCCUGGAGCUGACGGAGAAACUGGACCAGGACUGGAAGGAGAUUCAGGGUCUGGUGUCCUGCAGGGCCCCCAAGACCGAGAGCAAGGACUGGAAGAAGCCCCAGCCCGAUGCAUAUGACGUGAUGGUGCGGGAGCUCGGUUUUGAGAUGAAGGCACAGCCCAGUAGCAGAAUGAAGACGGAAGAGGAACUGGCGAAGGAGGAGGCAGAGAGGCUCCAGAGCCUGGAGGCCAAGAGACUGCAGCGCAUGCUGGGCCAUGAGGAGGAGGGUCGCCCCGAGAAGCCCACACACAUGUCAGCUGACGAUCUGAAUGAUGGCUUCAUCCUGCCCAGAGACGACCGGUGCCCACUCUCGUACGCAGAUGGGAAGAUGGACGUGGAAGCAGAGUCAGACCAGGAGGCCAGUGAUGACUCUAAUCAGGAGCUAAAGGGUGAGGACUUGGGUGAGGAAGAUGAAGAGGAUGAGGACAGUAGAGGCCCCAAUAGCUACUCAGACCUGGACUCUGAUGAGGAAAGCAAGGACAACAACCAGAAGCCAAGGGACCUGCCAUGCCAAGUGUCUGAGGGUGGCUUCCACAUCCCGCCAUCUGUGGUGACAGAGCUGCCCUACACCUUCACAGUACCCGAGUCCUCUGAGGAGCUCCGGUCUCUGCUACGGGGCAGAUCACCGGAGGAGCAGCUGCUGGUGAUAGAGAGGAUCCAGAAGUGCCACCACCCCAGCCUGGCAGCUGGGAACAAAGCCAAGUUGCAGAAAUUCUUCUCCUUUCUGCUGGAGUACUCAGGGGAUCUGGCCGUACAAGAGCCCCCAGACCUCAAGGUCAUUGACAAGUUGGUUGUGCACCUGUACAACCUCUGCCAGAUGUUCCCCGAGUGGGCGGGCAAUGCUGUCCAGUUCGUUCUCCGCAACGCUAUGCAUGAGAUGGAGGGUCAGCUGGAGGCACGUGGCCGGGCUGCUUUCCCAGGGCUGGACGUGCUCGUAUAUCUGAAGGUCGCAGGGACACUCUUCCCCACUUCUGACUUCCGGCACCCAGUGGUGACCCCGGCGCUGGUGUGUAUGAGCCAGCUGCUCACCAAGUGCCCUGUGCAGUCCCUGGAGGACGCUGUGAAGGGCCUCUUUGUCUGCUGCUUGUUCCUGGAGUACGUGUCCCUGUCUCAGCGCUUUGUCCCCGAGCUCAUCAACUUUCUCCUGGGACUUCUUUACAUUGCAACACCCAACGCACAGAGCCAGGGUCUCAGCCCAGUGCACCCUUUCCGCGCCCUGGGGAAGAACUCGGAGCUGCUGGUGGUAUGGGAAGAAGAGGAUGUGGUCUCAUGGCAGAGGAGCAAGCUCUCCCUCCUGUGGGCUGGUGCUCCAAACACCCAGUCCAGGACAGAGGCUAACCAUACCAGGCUGUCCUGCCUGGCUGUGUGUUUGGACCUGUUGAAGCACUGUGUGCUCAGGUACCACUCACUGCCCACCUUUGAUGCCAUCACUGCGCCCCUCAGAGUCCUCCUGCUGGAGCACCUGGAACACCCCCGUCAACCUGAGCUGCAGAUGCUGUGCCAGAACAUUCUGGCAGAAAUGGAAAGUCAGGAGAGGUGCUACCGGCCUCUUGUCUGUGAGAAGAGCAAGCCGGUCCUCCUGAAACUGUUCACUCCACGGCUGGUCAAAGUCCUGGAGUAUGGGCGAAAGCAAGGCAGUAGCAAGGAGGAGCAGGAGCGGAAGCGUCUCAUCCACAAGCACAAGCGUGAGUUCAAGGGUGCCGUGCGUGAGAUCCGCAAGGACAACCAGUUCCUGGCCCGCAUGCAGCUCUCAGAGGUUCUGGAACGGGACGCGGAGAGAAAGCGGAAAGUAAAGCAGCUUUUCAGCAGCCUGGCCACACAGGAAGGAGAAUGGAAGGCAUUGAAGAGGACCAAGUUCAAGCACUGAACUGCUUGUGGGCCACUCCCUGGAAACU